UACAGCAGCAGGUUUCUUUGCGUUCGCUUUAAAAUCCAGAGAAGCAACCGCAUACAAACUACACUCUCUUCUUUCUUCUCCUCCACUGUUUCUUUCUAGGGUUUCAACCAGACGUUUCGUCGCUGCGUUUUUUCUUGUUUUCUUCACUUCCAGUCUCCAGAAUCUCCACCACGUUUGAGACAAUGGAGAAGAUAGAGUCGGAUUUGAGAGAGUCCGACUCUAAGCAGAGGAGCCUGGCCAAGGCGUACGAUAUCAUACAUGCGCAAGCUAAUUCGUUCAUCAUUUUUACUGUGCAGUGGAAGGACCUCGAGGACCACUUUGAGUCGACUCGGGACACCCUAGAGGCCCGGUUCCGAGAACUCGAGGCCCGCGAAGAGGAUAUCGGAGUCCGGGAGACCAAGUUGGAAGAAAAAGAGUGGAAAUUUCGCUCGGAUAUGGAAGCCAAAGCCAUUGAGUUGCGCGGCCUUGAUAGAUUGCUCGAUCAGAAAUUGAAAGAGGUAAUUGACUGUAAGAACCACUUGCAUUCACUUUGGUCAUUGAUUCAGGAACACAGCGAUGAGGUCAUUGUUCAGGAGAAGCGGUUGAUGGCAGUUGAGAAGUUUGUUUUAGAGAAGGAGACAUAUUUUGAUUCGAUUGAUCAGCGUCUUAAAGAGAGGACGAAAAAAUUGAAUUGGGUUGCGAAAAUUGUGGAAGAGAAGUCGAAAUUGGCCGAGUCUAAGGAGGAGGAAGUGAAACGGUUUCAAGAAGCGUUGAACAAGUACGUUGAGGACAUAGAGUUGAAGAAGAGGCAAUUGAAUGAGAUUCUUGGGUCGAUUGAGAAGCACAAGAAAGAGUUUGAUUUGAAAGAAGAGCUAAUUCAAGCAACGAAAGGAUCGAUUGAGGAAUGCGACAAGGAGUUGAGUUUGAAAGAGGAGAAACUUAAGUUGAUUCAAAAAUGGUUAGUAGAGUGCUCAAAUACACUCGAAUCGAGAGAGAAAAAAAUUAGGGAAAUAGAUUUGAAAGAGAGAGAUUUUGGUUUGCUUAAGAAUUCAAUGGAGGAGUGGUCUUGUAAACUUGAUUUCAAAGCGAGGGAACUUGAAUUCAUGGACAAGAGGGUAAGUGAACGCCUCAAUGAGGUUAAGUUGAAAGAAAAGAAUUUGGAUGAACUCCAAAAAUCGAUCAGAGAUGGCGAGAAGCAUUUGGAUAAAAUGUCUAAGGGACUACAAAUGAAAGAGAGUCAACUUGGAGACCGGGACAAAGAGCUUGCAUUGAGGCAGAAAGAAGUUGAUUCGAUAAAAAAAUCAAUUGAAGAACACACCCAAAACCUGAAAUCAAAACAGAGCCAACUUGAAGACCAGGCCAAAGAGGUUGAAUUGAAGCAGAAAGAAUUUGAUUCGAUCAGAAAAUCCAGUGAAGCACUCAUCCAAAACCUGAAAUCGAAAGAAAGGCGACUUGAAGACCAGGCCAAAGGGCUUGAAUUGAAGCAGAAAGAAUUUGAUUCGAUUAAAAAAUCCACUGAAGAACACACCCGAAAGCUGAAAGCGAAAGAGAGGCAACUUGAAGACCAGGCCAAAGAGCUUGAAUUGAACCAGAAAGAAUUUGAUUCGAUCAGAAAAUCCAGUGAAGAACUCAUCCAAAACCUGAAAUCGAAAGAAAGGCAACUUGAAGACCAGGCCAAAGGGCUUGAAUUGAAGCAGAAAGAAUUUGAUUCGGUCAUAAAAUCCAGUGAAGAACUCAUCCAAAACCUGAAAUCGAAAGAAAGGCGACUUGAAGACCAGGCCAAAGGGCUUGAAUUGAAGCAGAAAGAACUUGAUUCGAUUAAAAAAUCCACUGAAGAACACACCCGAAACCUGAAAGCGAAAGAGAGGCAACUUGAAGACCAGGCCAAAGAGGUUGAAUUGAAGCAGAAAGAAUUUGAUUCGAUCAGAAAAUCCAGUGAAGCACACAUCCAAAACCUGAAAACGAAAGAAAGGCGACUUGAAGACCAGGCCAAAGGGCUUGAUUUGAAGCAGAAAGAAUUUGAUUCGAUUAAAAAAUCCACUGAAGAACACACCCGAAACCUGAAAGAGAAAGAGAAAACUAAUGCCCUUCAUUCUCAAGUGAAGAUUGAGCAAGUGGAAUAUAUCCCUUCCAACCAUGCCUUUGUUCCUUCUUCUGCAAGUAAUCAAUCCAUCAUCAAUAGGGAUGGUAGAGGCUUGCAGCAGUUCAUGAAUGAGCAUUUGAAGAGAAUUGAUUUAGUGGGUAGUGAAAUCUCAACUGUUCUUGAGGCCUCGUUGGACCCAGCAAAAUUGGUUUUGGAUGCAAUGCAAGGGUUUUACCCCUCAAAUUCGACUGUAGACAACAGGGAGUGUAAUUUUGAUUUGAGAGUUAUUAGGAGAAGUUGUAUUCUUUUGUUAGAGGCUUUAAAGAAAAUCUCACCGCAAAUUAAUCCUCUGGUGAGAGAAGAAGCAAUUAAGUUGGCGGGUGACUGGAAGGCUAAAAUGACGGGGGCAACAGAGAUUUGGUUGGAGAUUUUGGGUUUUUUGAGGCUUGUUACUACGUAUGAAAUCACCUCUGCUUAUGAUGGAAAUGAGCUUCAAAGUCUUAUUGCUACAAUUUCCGAGUAUGAACAGGCAACUGAAUUAUCCCAGGCCCUUGGUAGCACAGAAAAAGCAUCUGCCAGCAUCAUUUGUUCCCCUGUCAAAACUGAGAAACCAGAAUCUUCCCUGACCAAAAAUGCAGUAGCUGUUUCUUCUCCGAAUCUUCAACUAACUGCUACUACAGAUGCAAGGAAUUUGCAGGGGUUUGUACAUGAGCUUGCGAGAGGGAAUCAUUUAAUACAAAAUGAAACUUUGGCUGCUCUUCAGACGUCAUUGGACCCAGCAAAAUUUGUGUUGGAUGUGAUGCAAAAUUCUUUUGCUCAAUACUGGGGAAAUGGGGAUGUUCGUUCUAAAGAAACUGUCAUGUUGAGUUACAUCAACCUAUUGGAGCAGCUAAUUUGUGUCUCACCGCAUGUUGGACCUCAUGUGAUGGACGAUGCAAGAAAGCUAGCAAUCCAGUGGAAAGCAAAAAUGGGAGCUGAUACUCAAAAUUCAUUGGAACAUUUGGGUUUUUUGCAGUUUAUUGCUAAAUACGGUUUGUUUUCUACCUUUACUAGAUAUGAUAUGGUAUCGCUUCUUGGGAGGAUUUCUCAGGAUAAACAGACUCGAGAAUUAUGUCAGAAUCUCAGUUUUGCAGAUAAGAUCCCUAACCAUUUUAUUCGGAAUCUUAUUGAAGGAAGGCAACUGAUUGAGGCUGUUAGGUUGAUUUGCACAUUCAAGUUAUAUGACACUUUUCCUCCAGUACUACUCUUAGAAAAGUUUGUGGAUAAUACAAAGAUCUGUAACAAGAGAAUUCGCAAGAAAAAGAAAUCACUAGAUGAAAAGGUUGAGGUUUUAGAUAAUGAAAUUGCUGAAUUCAGAGCUGUGAUUCAGUGCAUCAAAGAUUGCAAUCUUGAGUCUGUAUACCCAUCUGGGAAGAUUGAACAUCAAUUAGCUUUGGUUGAGAAAAUAAAGGAGGAUCUGGUUGAGAAAAUAAAGGACAAUCAAAGACGUUCAGCGACAUCUCUUGCCUGCAAAGUUGGGCAACAAGAGGAUAACAAAUCUCUUGUCGGCAAAGUUGAACAACAUGAACAGAGUAAAUUUAUUGCCAUCUGGACUGAACAACAAGAGGCGAAUAAGUUUGAACAACAAAAGCAGACAAAAUGGAAUAAACGCAAAGGGGCUCAACCACAUCAACAACAACAGCAUUCAAAUAAAUUCCAACGAACAUCGAAUACCAACUUCCAGUCCUGACUAUCAGCAUAGAAGUUUGCCUUCUGGGCACCAUGAGAAUGAGAGACCCUGAGCAGUUUGGUAUGGCUUCAACACUUGGCCCUUAUCAACCCUAGUACGAACUGCCACACGUGUACAUAGUAAUCCCCAAAAGGCGGCCGCUCCCCCAGUCUGCAGUGCUGCGGAUCUUGGUUUACCAUCCUCGUAUAUUUACCAGUCAGUUAAUGAGUGGCCCAACUUUGGUAGGUUGCCGACCUGCUUGCUUUUGUAAGUUGCAUUACUGCCAUUUUGGAGAAGCAACUGUUUUGACUGACUUCAUUGUUGGGACCCUUGACACCAUAGAUGGAGCAUUUGAAAACAUGCUUUUACUCUUCA